AUGGAUCUCGACGCAGGAGAUUCCCCGUGGGGCGACGUCCCAUCUCAGUCGCCCCCCGCCCAUACCGCUCCCGAAAAUGACACUCAAGAGACAACUCCCGACCAACCGACACAGCCAGCUAGCUCCAACAAUGCUUCGCGUUCUCCCGUCCGAAGAGGCCUCAGAGGCACCCGCCGGAUCAAUGCGCAGGCGACCAAGUUAGAAGCCGUCGACGAUUCUUUCGACCCCCUCGGCCCGCUUGGAGACAAGGCCACGGAGAGCAGCCCCAACGAACAGGCACCGACUCCACCGCAAAAGGAGGCAUUCGGCGCGCGCGGCGUGCGUCCGACUUCCUCGGCAUCGCAGGCGUCCAGCAGUGCGGCGCUGGGAGAGUCUGUCAACCUUGAAGAGGAUGGCGCGGGAUUCCGAGGCCCUCCGCCGGUCCAGCCCCCGAGUGACGCGGAGGGAUCGAAGCGACAGUCCGAACCCAGCAUCAGCGUCGAGAAGGCCGCAAAUCCGACCUUCGACAUUACUGUUGGCGACCCGCACAAAGUUGGAGAUCUCACGAGCAGUCAUAUCGUGUAUCAAGUCAGGACGAAGACGACCUCUAAAGCCUACCGACAACCGGAAUUCACGGUCAGCCGGCGAUACCGCGAUUUCUUGUGGCUCUACAACUCCAUGCACAACAACAACCCUGGUGUCGUUGUUCCUCCGCCCCCGGAGAAGCAAGCAGUGGGUCGGUUCGAUACGAACUUCGUCGAGUCUCGAAGAGCUGCCCUGGAGCGCAUGUUGAACAAGAUUGCGACGCAUCCCAUCCUUCAACAUGACGGUGACCUGAAGAUUUUCCUGGAGAGCGACACGUUCAACCUUGAUGUGAAAAACAAGGAAAACCGGGAACCUGAUCUCGGGCAAAGCAAGGGCAUGUUCAGUUCUUUCGGGAUUAAUGUUGGUGGAGGUGGGAAGUUUGUUGAACAUGACGAUUGGUUCCAUGACCGCAAGAUCUAUCUUGAUGCCCUGGAGAAUCAGCUGAAGGCGUUGCUGAAGUCUGUCGACUCCGUGGUGGCUCAGCGGAAGGGAUUGGCCGAAGCAGCCGGUGAUUUCUCCGCAUCAAUUCACGCCUUGGCUGCUGUCGAGCUCUCUCCUGCACUGUCGGCCCCCUUGGAGGGUCUUUCCGACCUUCAGCUGCGCAUCAAGGAGUUGUAUGAGCGUCAAGCACAGCAGGAUGUUCUCACCCUCGGAAUCACCAUCGACGAGUACCUGCGCCUGAUUGGCAGUGUCAAGACAGCGUUCACUCAACGACAAAAGGCAUUCCACAGCUGGCAUGCGGCCGAGGCUGAAUUGCAGAAACGCAAGCACACCCAGGAGAAACUGCUCAGGCAAGGAAAGACUCAACAGGAUCGCCUCACGCAAGUCAAUGCCGACGUGGCCGAUGCUGAACGGAAAUCCCACCAGGCACGAUUGUUGUUCGAGGAUAUGGGCCGGUUGAUGCGGAAUGAACUCCAGCGGUUCGAGAAGGAGAAGGUGGAGGACUUCAAAUCUGGUGUCGAGACAUUCUUGGAGAGCGCCGUCGAAGCCCAGAAGGAGGUAUGUUUGAUCGAAUUAUGGGAAACCUUCCUGAUGCAGCUCGACGCGGGAGAAGAGGGCAAUUUGCUGUAUGGUGCACCCGGGGCAGGCGAUGCUCCAGCCGAAUCAGUUCCGGAGACAGCUCCAGCCGAAGCAGCGGAAGAGGCUUAA